AGUGUUUCCAACCUGUCAUUCAGGGGAGAAACAUCAUGUGAUGUCAUCACAGUCAAAUUCCAUUCUGACCCUAACCCCAAUCAGCAAGCAGGCUUUGUCAGGAGACCGCGGUGAGGUCGGGAAACUGAGGAUCGAACUGGGAUUUAAAGGAGAUUCUUUGAGAUUCAGCGGCUUUGUGCAUCACCGAGGGACUUCAAUCAUGAUUCACUGCGGUGGUAAUGUAAUUCACUUCCAACGAUGAAUAGACUCUCUAACUCAUCACCUAUGGACCUCAAGGACAUGAAGAGAAUGGAUGUCAGCUGGAAAUCCAGAAUACAUAUACCCGUGCAGAGUCCAUUAUGGACAAAAAUCAGCAGGCAGGAAACAAAUGAAGCAAACCCUUCGGGAGAAUCUCUCGAGGCACUCCUGUCAAAGAAAAGUGGACGGAGAGCGUUUCGGGAAUUUCUAAAGUCAGAGUUCUGUGAGGAAAACCUGGAUUUCUGGCUCACCUGUCAAGAAUUCAAAGCUGUUGGUUCUCCGAAGGAACGGACGCAGAAAGCAGCAAGUAUUUAUGAAGAGUUCAUCAGGGAAGACUCUCCAAAACAGGUAAACCUGGAUUUCUACACAAAAGAAAUCAUCAGCCAGAGUUUCCAGCAGCCAAGUCCAUCGUGCUUUGUUGCGGCACAGAAGAAAAUCUACAGCCUCAUGGAGAAUGACUCCUUCCCCCGCUUCAUUCAGUCCGAGCGCUACAAAGUCCUUAUUGAUGCAACUUCAAAGCAGAAAGGCCUCAAGAAACCCCGUAUGGCCUGGAGGCUAAAGACUGUUGGGGUGGACAGCCUGAAAAACGGCCUUCUUCUGCUGCAAAAGGAUUGACCUCAUGACUGCUGUUUUACGGUGUGACAUGUUGCUCAGACAGAGAGGAAGUGCUGUCGACAGACGCUGCACAUGCAGGCACUUCCUCUCAAAAAUGAAAAGUGUUUGACAGGACUGAGCGCUCCCGCCAGUGGAGUCAGUGGGCUUGAACUGGAGCGGGGAGUGAGAACCGGACAUUAGCCAAAGUGAAACGGUUGUGUUCAAUACUGUGAAGCUUCUGGCUGAGACAGUCAGUGUCUCGAAUGAAUAAACUGGAUUUUUGUUCAUCUAAUCAAGUAACAUGGACGUGAAUGCAGAUCUGUUUAGUUAUUGUGUGAGUUUGCAGCUAUUUCUGACCAUUUCAAAUGUUCAUCUUUUCAUACACGCAUUAUGAAGCAAUGCAAUAUGAAAUACUUUGUGUAAUUUGAAAAGUUGCAGCAAACUUUAAAUCACAAGCAUGAGUGUACCGGUACUUUCUUCUGUGUUUUCUCCACAGCAGCUAGUGUGGUCUGCCACCCAGUGGUGACAUGGAAGAGCUACAAGCAAAGUGGCAAAAUACUACAGAAACCUCAUAAACCUAAUUUACGACGGAGUAGGGCCAAACUAAGACAAAAAAAAAAUAGGAAAUUACGAGAAUAAAGUCAUAAUGUUGCGAGAAUAAAGUCGUAAUAGAAUAAAGUCGUAAUAUUACGAGGAUAAAGUCGUAAUAUUACGAGAAUAAAGUCGUAAUAUUAUGAGAAUAAAGUCGUCAUAUUAUGAGAAUAAAGUUGUAAAAUGAUGAGAAUAAAGUCGUCAUAUUAUGAGAAUAAAGUUGUAAAAUUACGAGAAUAAAGUCGUAAUAUUAUGAGAAUAAAGUCGUAAAAUUAUGAGAAUAAAGUCGUAAUAUUACGAGAAUAAAGUCGUCAUAUUACGAGAAUAAAGUCGUAACAUUACAAGAAUAAAGUCGCAAUUUAUGAGAAUAAAGUCGUAAUAUUACAAGAAUAAAGUGUUAAUUUAUGAGAACUCUAACAGGAAGAGUGUGUAAAAAUGUUGAAUAUUGAGCAUCUUGUGAAGUUAUAUUUAUAUAUUUAUAAUAUAUUUAAUAUUACGAUUUUAUUCUCGUAAUAUUACGACUUUAUUCUCAUAUUAUUAUGACUUUAUUUUCGUAAUUUCCUUCUUUUUUUUCUUAGUUUGGCUCUAAUACUCCGUCGUAGUAAUUACACUGCUUGAAGGAAAGUUUAAACUGCAGUUGAUUGUAUAACAUUAUAAUGAAAUUCAGCCAUGAAUAGUUGUAUUUCUCCUCUGUAACAGAUAUUCUGACUUCUAUCAAAAUUACUGACCACUGAAUUGUGACUUCUUCAAAUGUUUUCUGUGCAAAAUGUUUAUUGGUAGACGUGACCGUAAUGAAUCAAUCUAUGUCUGAAAAUAGAAAAUGCAUUUAAAGGGCGGUUACUGAGACCAUAAAUAGCACCCACAGGAAACAAUCAUUCCAUGCAGUUUGAAAAUAUCUUUUUUGAUUUUCCAUGUCCUUACCAAUUCUGCAUUGUGUAACCAGUCUGUUGCAGCUCUAAUCUGAUUGUGGAAAUAAUGAAAAAGAGGGUGGAUGGAAAAAAAGGAAGUGAUUAGAUAAGGGGGAAAAAGAGAAGAAAAGAAAAAUAACUAGAGGGUAAUGGGGAUGGAGCAGGGUAAUUUUUUUGACUUCAUGUGACACGAAUAUGGCUGUCAUGGGAUAGUACUGAACUAAUACUUGUAAUAAUAAUACAAGUAAUAAUACGAGGGGAGGCGCAAUAUUUUUCCUUUUUUUUCUUUGGAAAUGGGAAGACAAGUUAAUACCACAUGUUGGCAUUACAAAACAUU